GCGGGGAAGGCUUAUCUGCAGACACUGCUUCCUCUUCCAAAUCAGUGCCUGAAUCAACUCCUUCAACAAAGGGCAGCUGCCCAUACCUCAUGAAUGUGGAAUGCAGAAAGAUAUAUAUUAUAUUUUGAGUGCGGAAAUGUAAGCAUGGGAAAGGAGGUUCUUUUCUAACUGAAAAAGAAACCAUUUACUUCCAAAUUUUGUCAACUGAAAAGGGAAGAAAAUUAAACUGAGAAUGAGAUAUAACUCCAUCCAAUGGGAAAAAAGUAGCAACACAAGUCCUCUUGAAGAAGCUAACUUUAUUAACUUGAAAUUCAAGUAGCAAGUGAAGGGGAGGUGAUGUUCUGCAUGGAUGGAAGAAAAUGACCUCAGAGGCCAGUAAUAUUUCUCACACUGUGAGUGAAUUCAUCCUCUUGGGAUUCCCUUGCCGCUGGGAAAUACAGAUCUUUCUCUUCUCCAUAUUCUUUAUGACUUACAUCCUGACCCUCCUUGGGAAUAUGGCCAUCGUGUGCGCAGUGCGCUGGGACCACCGGCUCCACACUCCAAUGUACAUUCUGCUGGCUAACUUCUCCUUCCUGGAGAUCUGCUAUGUCAACUCUGAUGUGCCCAACAUGCUGGUCAACUUCCUCUCCCAGACCAAAACCAUCUCCUUUGCUCGGUGCCUCCUCCAGUUGUAUUUCUUCUUCUCACUGGGCACAACUGAAUGUUUAUUUCUCUCCAUCAUGGCCUAUGACCGGUUCCUGGCCAUCUGCCGCCCCCUGCACUACCCCACUGUCAUGACUACUAAGUUCUGCAGCAGCCUGGUCACCUUUUGCUGGCUGUACGGUUUCCUCUGGUUUCUGAUCCCGGUGAUACUUGUUACCCAGCUACCAUUUUGUGGCCCAAAUGUGAUUGAUGACUUUCUGUGUGAUCUGGGUCCUCUGUUGGACCUGGCUUCAGCCUGUGUCCCAAUUCCAGGGACUGUUCUCAUGUGUGGCACCAUGAGCUCCCUCCUCAUCUUUGCCACCUUUUUCUACAUUAUUGGCUCCUAUACCCUGGUGCUGAAGGCUGUAAUGCAGGUGCCCUCAGUUGCUGGCCGGAAGAAGGCUUUUUCCACCUGCUCCUCACACCUGGCUGUUGUGUUUUUAUUCUAUGGUUCUGUCAUGAUGACAUAUGUGAGUCCAGGGACAGGGCAAGCAGAGAGUAUGCAGAAGUUCACAACUUUGUUCUACUCAGUUUUGACCCCUUUUUUCAACCCUAUGAUCUACAGCCUUCGGAAUAAAGAAAUGAAGGAAGCCCUGAAGAAAGUUCUAAGAGGUUCCUAAAAUUGGUCUGUUAUUUAGUGAGUUAUUCCCAGAUGAGUUCAGACUGUGAGCCUCCUGUCGGUGAACAGUUAAGAAACUGGAAAGCA